AUGGACAACAACGAGGAAUAUGACCGGCUCGUUGAACACCUUCACUACUGCACGAGGAAGGCUGAAAGUUUCAAAACCACCAAGAGACGCCUGCUCGCAAGGCUUUGCAGAGAGACGGUAAAGGAAGACCUUAAAGAGAGAAGAGCAGAAGUGCUGGCUGAAGCUGCAGAGGUGGGGAAAAGCACCCGCUAUGCCCGUCGAGACUUCGCCAGUCGCAAGACGAUGAUUACUGCCCUACGAAACCCGAAGGGAACAACCAUUGCAUCGAGAAGGGAAAUGGAGAAAAUCAUCUACGACUUCUACUCUGAUCUCUUCUACAGCCAUGUCUACUUGCCUCCUUACCAUCUGAGGGAAGACGAAUAUGUCAUUCCAGAGAUUAUCCCAUCCGAAGUACGACAUGCUGUUAUGUCGGUAAGAAAUCGUAACGCACCCGGUAACGACAGAAUAAGACCAGAACACCUGAAGAACCUUCCGCCAGUACUCAACAACACCCUGACGAGGCUCUUUACACGUUACCUGUGCAAGGUUCCUAAACAGUGUAAGACCGUGUUGUUGUAUAAGAAGGGAAAUCCACAUGACAUCGGCAACUAUCGCCCAAUCUGCUUACUGUCCGUCAUCUACAAACUCUUUACAAGAGUGAUCUUCAAUAGGAUUGAAGAAGUCUUUGAUGAAGGACAGCCAUGCGAGCACGCAGGCAGCUUCACGGCCGGAAUUUCGCCAUUUUACAAGAAUAUCAUCAUUGACGUGAAGAAGGGGAUCCGACAGGGAGAUACAAUCUCACCCAAAAUAUUCACAGCCACCCUCGAGAACGCAAUGCAACAGUUGGAAAGGGAGAGUGAAGGUGGUGGUCGGCAGCUAAACUAUUUGCGCACUGCUGAUGACAUCGUUCAAAUAACAUCUAGCAUCAGUCAAGCGGAACGAAUGCUAACCGAAUUUGACGAAACAUUUGGAUGCAUCGGUCUUCAUCUGCAAAAGACGAUAUUCAUCCGUAACGGAUGGGUCUCGGAUGCCCCAUACACGCUCAACGGAACGAACAUAUCCAAGUGCACCAGCUACGUUUAUCUGGGUCGGGAACUGAACAUGAUGAACGACCUGAACCCCGAGCUGGGCAGGAGGAGACGAGCGGCUUGGGGAGCGUACAAGAGCAUCGAGGAUGUAGUGAAGAAUACCAAGAACACUCGGUCUCCGUGCUCAUCUCGUCAACACCACUGUACUUCCCGCUUUGACAUACAUGCGUACGGAAGCAUGCGCAUUUCGCAAGCAGGAAGAAAACGCGGAAGUGCUUCCGACGAUUGGGUUGCAACAUGUUUUUAUCUACCGACAAUUAAGGAAGAAGAAGAUUCUAUGCGAUACAAAGGUUCCGAAGUGGGCGAACUCGUCGUGACAUUAGCCAAGAAUAAAGAGCAUAGCGACCUCGUGUGCGGCGAUGAUCUUGCUGUUGCAAGGAAAGAUUGUAGUUUAUCAGAAUGGGAUCAAGCUCGAUGA